GCGAAAAUGGCGAACCCACAGAGCGAUUAUUGUCGGGUAGCGUACCAUAAUAGCAAAACCCUUUCUGUUGUCUAUAAGACCCUGAAACACCUCACAAAAACCACAAUUAAUUCAACCAGCAUUUCAAUUUUCAGGUGGAAAAAGAGUUCAUAGUGAAUGACAAAACUAAGAUGAACGAAGACAAGUCGUUUUCAAGUCUUUCGAGAGCAACGAAAAGAGAAAAACUUAUGGCUUUGAUAGAGCGGAGAAAAGUUGGAAAACGAUCAAUGCUUAAAAAACUAGAUAAUACGAAUAGCAAGAAACGUGUCGAAGACAGUGUGAAAAGGAAGAAAGUAAAUUCACAUUUUCGCAAAAAGUUGUUCCAAACCGGUAAACAGAAUGUGAAGAGGCUGAAUCAUGUCUAUGACAUGAUUCCUAAGAAAUCGCGUUCGUGUUCUAGACGUAAAAAACGGAGAUUAUGUCAUGAAGAAACACAUAAUCAUGUUCUUCCGUAUGUUAGCAAACUUCGCGAUUAUUGGAACAGAGGUCAAAAUGCUGUUAUCUUUGACGGCCAGGACCGGCUAGUUAAGGUGGUCUCUUUCGUAUUAUCGUUGCUGGAUAAUAUAAAAAAGCCUAUCUUAAUAUUGGCUUCUUCUAGCGCUCUUUCCUUGUGGAAACUCGAGUUUUCAAAGCGGUCAAAGUCGGUCAAUGUUGUAACAUACAACGGGAACAAAGAUAUCCGGGCCGCCAUUAAAGAUUUAGAAUUUCAAGUCCUUUUAUCUUCUCCAGAUGCCAUCGUUGAGGAUAUUGAAAUUGUUGAUCGUAUUAAGUGGGCAUUGUUAGUGAUAGAAGAGUGCCAACGACACAUAUUUUCAACACAUUUGAAGAAACUUCAGAUGGUUACGGCUGAUAUGAAACUGUUAACGGUUUCUGGUGAAUCGGUGGAUAUUUGCGAGAGCUAUCAAAACUUUCUUUCGUUUCUCGAUUGUAAAUACGAGAACAUAAAUACGGAUGCUGACGUGGAAACGAAUGAUAUUAAUAUUAACACAUUAAAAGAAAGACUGUCACCUUUUAUCGCAUUCGAGUGCAAGCUCACCACCCCCGGUUUUCAAGAGUACUGGGUCCCGGUUCAUCUUUCGUCAAUGCAAAUCGAACAAUAUUGUUCAAUUUUAGCUUCAAAUUUCGAGGCACUCUCUUCAUAUUCAAAGAACUCUUCAUUCCAUAAUAUAAUCACUCAGAUCCGAAAGUGCUGCGAUCAUCCAUAUCUAGUGGACCCCACUUUGCGUAAUUCUUCGAACGACGCUUCUUUAAUUGAUCCGUUGGAUGCUGAAGUUAAUGUCAGUGGCAAGCUGCAGCUUCUUGACAAGCUCUUGUUAGAGAUCAAACGUUCCGGUUUAAGAGCACUAGUUCUUUUUCAGUCGACCGUUAAUUCCGAAAAGAUAUCAACCGGGCAUCUUUUGGAUGACCUCGUUCAUCAAAGAUUCGGGCAGGAUUCUUACGUAUACAUCCCCGGGAAAAUUCUUUCCAAAUCCAUACGCGCAAAGAAAAAAGAAUCAUUAAAAAUGUUCAACAAAGAAGCGAGUGAUAGUUUCAUUUGCUUAUGUGAUUACCGCGCUUGUCAUUCAAGCGUUAGACUUUCGCGUGUGGAUGUCGUAAUAUUAUUCAACAGCGACCCGAACCCAUCAAAUGACAUAAAAGCCCUUAAGCGGGUCACCAUCGAUUCACCUCGUGAGCGGUUAAACAUUCUCCGGUUAUAUUCAUCAUUCACGGUUGAAGAGAAGGCGUUGAUUCUUUCGAAGCAAGGUACAACCGUUAACUAUACUAGCUCGAGCGUUUGCCACCAGUUGUUAACAUGGGGCGCGUCGUACUUAUUUAGUAAGCUCCAAAGCUGCACCGACUCCUGGCCGCUGUCGUUUAUAGACGAUUUGGUUUGCAAGUUGUCAUCGUUGUUGAGGAACACCGGUGUCCAAACGGGUCCCACGGGCCCCACAAACCGCUCGAUCAUAUCAAACGCGGAGAUGCAAAAUGGAGCGUAUUCUGGAAGUAUCAUGUUGUUUGGGGAAACCGAAGCCCACAUGAAGGAAAGUUGUUCGGUUGAUGAAUACUUGAGUGAUGAUUCGCCUUCUGUUUUUUGGAGUAAUGUGGUCAAACAAAGUCAACAUGGACCGAAAAACUCUUGUAGCAGGUUGUCUCAGAGGGUUCAAAAGUCACCCUCUUUUGUAAGAAAAAAGCCGAGAAGUAAACGAAGAAAACGGGCAGCGAAGUGUAUGCCUUUCGAUAGUCAACAGUCAUGUGAGAAUGUGAUUGAUGGUUGCAGAAGUGGAAGUCAACAAAGUCAAACCGAUCAAACUUCUAGCUCUACGCCUCUUGAAGCCGAAAUCGAAAGAAUUCUAAAGGAGCGCGAGCAAAUCACCAAAACACAUCAAGAAAAGAAAUCGAUGCUUCUUGCUGAACGGGAGAAAGAGAUUUCAGAGGUACACAAGAAGUAUGACGCGUUGAUACGUGACUCGGACAUGAGUUUAACGAAGGAAAUUAAGAAUCUUGACGACUAUCACAAGCUUGUUAAUGCACAUAAACUUUUGGCGGAGAUUUUGGCGCAAAAAUUCGAGGAUACUCAAAAUGUGAAGAGAUCAAAGAAAGAAACUAGCUCGGUUAAAAUUCUUCAAGUUCCUGCAUCUGCACUCAUGCGGCGAGAGAACCCACAUUGGACCAGUGGUCCAGCCACCAAUUUAGCCGGGUCUGGGCAUAGUUUAGUCGGGUCAGGACUACGGGCUCCACCCCCUCAUCUUCGGUCAAACCCGUCAAUGUUUGCAUCAUUCCACCACCAGCCCACCACCAAUGGAACCGGUGAAACAUCUCUUGAGUCGUUCAUAGCCCAUUUUGUCAACUACCCAAACAGUUGACAAACAUUGUCAUGUAUAUAAACUGACUCAAACAACUGCCUUUAGUGUACAUCCUAAACCCUAAACCGUAAACUCUAAACCACGACCACUGAAUUCAACAAAGCAUAUGAUAGUGUUCAUAUACCUUUCACAGUAUGCCCCAACAUUUUUUUGAAAAUAGUAUGAUAUUUUUUUAUAACA